AUCACAUGGAUAUAUUUUUGUGUAAAUAAAUAUAAAAAUUUUUUUGGGUACACCGUUAAAAUUGAUUCCGAUGAAAAUAUAAUUAGUUGAGAUACUUUUGAGCGGAAUUGGCGGGCGGAUGGAGGUUUCGGCGGUUGGCGGAUGGAACGGGGUCUCGAAACCUCCACACUGCACAAGCACCAGGUGAGGCCGUGUCGGUCUACGGUUGACGUUGACCAUCAGGAGAUUGUGUGUCGGUUUGUUCCUCGUUUCUCCAAAUUCCAGUCACCAAUCGGACGCCGGUUGAAGGGAAGGGCGACCGUCCGGGUCCGAUGCUCAAGUGGCAGACAUAAGGCGUCCAGAUUGGAGGAUGUCCGUCUUGUUGAGGUCGAGACUGAAAAACCUCGUUUCCGCCAAAUGGCCUGUCAAAAAGUCAAGGCUCCGGUCCCAGCUUCCAUCGGCGCUGCCUAGACUCGCCGCUGGCCUCUGUCUCAGACGGGCGCCCGUCUUUCUGACGGCUUUCGCCAGCGGCGGCUUAGCCCUCGCGGUCGCCAACUGCACCGCCUCUCGCGAUCAGAAAUACAAAGAUGCUAGGUUUUUUAAACUAAUCAAGGCUGGAAAUACAGAGGAGCUCCGGAGGUUUUUGGCUGAGUAUUCAUUCGAUGUGAAUAAAAGGCAUUUUCUUGGUUGGACUGGGCUGCAAGUGGCAGUUGUCAAUGGGCACCAUGAAAUUGUCAAAUUGCUCUUGGAUGCUGGAGCCGAUCCAAAUCUUGGAGAUGAAUAUGUCAAUAGUUACAGGACUGCCACGCAAAAGGGUAUCCAGACACUUGAUGUUCUUAUUCAACGUGAAAGUGAGUUCUCAGAACAUUUAAAAGCCCAAGGGAAUUUUGUAGGAUUCACUGCUCUUCAUUAUGCAGUACUCAUGGACGAUAUGGAAAGCAUCAAUUUGCUCCUUCAAAAUGGUGCGAAUCCGAUGAUAGAGGCCUCUGGUCAUUUACCUUCUAGUCUUGCCAAAUCUGAUGAAAUAAAGCAAUAUCUUCAAGUAGAAAGUGAAAAAUAUGAGGAAGUUUUGAAAAAGAAAGAAGCAGAAGAGAGGCGGAAGUUUCCAUUGGAACAGCGUCUCAAGAAGUACAUUGUUGGGCAGGAAGGAGCUAUUUCUCUAGUUGCAUCAGCUAUUCGAAGGAAAGAAAAUGGAUGGGCUGACGAUGAACACCCCUUAGUAUUUUUAUUUUUAGGUUCUUCAGGAAUCGGAAAGACAGAGUUGGCAAAGCAAGUAGCAACUUACAUUCACAAAGACAAAAAAAAUGCCUUCAUUCGUUUAGACAUGUCUGAGUACCAAGAAAAGCAUGAAGUUGCAAAAUUGAUUGGUGCACCUCCAGGAUAUGUCGGUCAUGAUGCAGGAGGUCAGUUGACAAAGCAAUUAAAACAGUGUCCUAAUGCAGUUGUUCUAUUUGACGAAGUUGACAAAGCUCAUCCAGAUGUGCUCACCACACUAUUACAGCUGUUUGAUGAAGGUAGAUUGACAGAUGGCAAAGGAAAAACUAUUGAAUGCAAAGAUGCAAUUUUUGUAAUGACUUCAAAUCUUGCAUCUGAGGAAAUAGCAGCAUUCUCAUUAGAAAUUAGAGCAGACAGUUUAAAAAAUAUGAAAAACAACGCUGACAUAGAACCAGAACAUGUGACAAUCACAAAAGAUUUCAAAGAGUCAAUCGUACGGCCAAUUCUGAAAAAGCACUUCAAGAGAGAUGAAUUCCUUGGGAGGAUAAAUGAAAUAGUGUACUUUUUGCCAUUCUCAAAUUCUGAGCUUAAUAAACUUGUAUCAAAAGAGUUGAAAUAUUGGGCAGAAAAGGCCAAGAUUAAACAUAAAAUUGACCUCUUUUGGGAAGCUGGUGUCGAGACAGUUUUAGCAAGCGGCUACAAUAUCCACUACGGUGCUAGAAGUAUAAAAUACGAAGUCCAGAGGAAAGUGGUGAGCCAGCUAGCAGCAGCACAAGAGGCCGGAAUUAUUCAACCAGGUUCUGUAGUAAAACUAUUUGUAUUCUGGCCGUCAGAAGGAUGUGAUCCAGUUAUAAAAAUGAAAUUGAACAAGGACGGCAAAGGUUUUGUUGAUUGUGAUCUAAAACUAAUUCAAACAAAUUACAUAACACAUUUUUAAAGUGAAAAGUUUCAAAACAUAGGCCAUAAUAAAGACUUAUUUAUUUUAUUAA